UUAUGUGGAUGAUCUGAUAUGCGAAAGUGGGCAGCUUCUUGAUUUCCCAAUUUGAGUGCCUUCUGGCUUUAUUUGUCCACCAGUAAUUGUUUGAGCAGUUAGACUUUCCCGCUAUUAUGCUUUCUUUCCGAUCAGAAUUUCCGUAUCUUGGAACUUUUGUGAGCGAAAGAGGGGAGGAAACCGAAAUUGGAUAUAGGCAAUCAAGUUCAGACAUGGGUUGUCCCAAGAGAAGAAUAGGGUAGUUAGAUUCUGGUGUUUGAUUACUCUCAUAUGAUUACAGCUUGAUAUUCCUCUUUUUUUGAAUGAUGAUGCCAGGUGCUUUAACAUAUUCACUGAGGUCCUCAAGAAAGUUAUAACACUUUUGGCCAUCAUACAGUCAAAGAACUGGGCUUUUAAUGGGAUCAGAAGGGACUGUGCUUGCUUCUGAAGCCUCUGAUGGACCCUCCUGCGUAACAGUCCACGUGACGGGGUUCAAGAAAUUUCAUGGAGUUUCUGAGAAUCCGACGGAGACAAUUGUUUGCAACCUACAGGAGUAUAUGAACAAGAACGGGAUGCCGAAAGGUUUGGUAUUGGGGAGCUGUCAUGUGCUUGAAACUGCAGGACAAGGUGCAGUUGCUCCUCUUUACCAGACAUUGCAAUCAGCCAUACCUUCUGAGAAUUCUAAUCCUUGUGAUUCUGGGAAAGUUAUCUGGGUGCAUUUCGGGGUGAAUAGUGGGGCGACAAAGUUCGCGAUCGAGAAUCAAGCGGUUAAUGAAGCUACUUUUCGAUGUCCUGAUGAGAUGGGAUGGAAACCACAGACAGCUCUUCCCGUGGAGGAUAUCACGAAGGCCCUGGCUAAGAAAGGUUAUGAAGUGAUGACCUCAGAUGAUGCUGGCCGAUUCGUGUGUAAUUAUGUCUACUACCAUUCGCUUCGCUUUGCAGAGAAGAACGGAACUAAAUCACUAUUUGUCCAUGUACCUCUAUUCUUAACCAUUGACGAGGAGACCCAGAUGCAGUUUGCUGCUUCCUUAUUGGAGGUACUUGCUUCUCUAUUGUAGUAACAUGGUCUCUCGCCAUCCAUGUGUGUGCCCCAAAUGUUGUUAUGAACAUUAUUAUAAGCUUGUAUUGCUCAUUGGCCUUGUUUAUGAGAAAAGAAGAGUGGAAAUGGUUCAAUAAACAGAUGAGUGUUGUGAUCAUUGUUCUAAGUGUUAAUCACUUCCUUCCACUUGGUCUUGAUGAAGCUGCAUUCCUUCCCUCUUAUUAGUUUCUGAAUGG